AUGGCUGGAUAUGGCUAUGAACGAAUGAAAUUGAAAAAAUAUCUCGGAAUUGAAUGGAUUGAAAACGGUUUUAAUGAAACUGGUGAACAUGAUGAUAAACCGAUACGACAUGCCAAUGAUUUGGACUGUUCAUUUGAUGAUGUAAAAAAAUGUCAAUGGCGUAAUGUUAAGAGUAACGAAUUACUCGAUUCUCUCGACUUUCAUUUAUUUGAAAAAACUGAUUUUACGGAAUUCCCUGUGUUGCAAGUGCGGCCAGGACCAAGUCGAUUGGCACGAGGUGACAAACUCUUGUUUACUGGGGACCGAAAACGAGAGGAACAAACUGCUAUCUUGAAAAGUUCACCAAUUCGUUGUCAAAACAACACUGGCAUACUUACUUUUACGUUUUGGUUAUACAAUGGCGCACGGGUUGAGGUGUUGUUAAUAAAACAAAAACAACAUCGGCUUAUUAUUUUGCCGGAAAAACCUUUCGUUGACUGUGGUACAGUACUAAUCAAUACUGAAUGCACAGCUGAAAUUCCUCCACGUGAUGAAGAAUUCAGCAUUGGGAUCAAGGCAUACAAUAUGGCAAAUCGAGAAGUUGAUUUGGGCGAGAAUUUUCGAGGUCGACCGUUCAUUACAUCCUACAAAGGAAAUCUUGUUAGAGCAGCUCAUGAGCUGAACUGUAGUAAUUUUUCUUCAAAAUGUCGAUGGCGUACAGUCGGCCAUGCAUUAGAGAUGUGGCAAGUAGCCGAUGAGUCACCAAGCAGCGAAUUAAUGUUCAAUGCAACCGGUGCUCUACCAGUACCGGAAGCGCCAUUUCUAUUUAUGUACAUUGAGCAAAAUAGGCAUGGUCCUUUCAAUGUUUUACAAUCUGAUCCAAUCGACUGCCAAACGGAGAAUACAUCGAAAUUUAACUUCAGAUUCUGGACAACUCGUAAUGUGACUUUGGAAAUUUGUGCUCGAGAUCGUUCGCUAAACGCAGUGGAAUGUUAUUUGGCACCAAUGGCUUUAUCACCUGCCCUUAUAACAGUUGAAGUGAAAAGUAUCAACAGUGAUUAUGACAACUUUAUUGCAAUCGAUGAUAUAAGUUAUGAAGCGAUAUUUUGUAGUGAAGCAGUAAAUGCUUGGGAUAUGGGUGAUAAUUUUUAUCCAACACCAAUGCUUAAUUGUAUGUGGGCAAAUCAUGAACAAGCGGAACCGGCAUGGCAAAUUGGUACUACACCAUUUGAUAAACAUAAAUUUAUUUCUCUUACUGGUACUUCCGAAUUGCCAGAUGGCGAAUUUGCUAUUGUUCAAUUGAAAUCUGGCCAAGCAUCAACGCUAAUCACAGAACCAAUACGAUGCAUUAUCAGUCAAACCACACUUAGAUUUAGAUUCUGGCUUAGUGGUAACACACGUCUAGAUGUUUGUCUGCUUGAAGAUAAGGUUUUGGAAGCAGUUGACUGCCAAAAAAUAGUUCUAAAACAGCCGGGUCCUGCGUUAGUUGAUUUACCGGAAAUAAAUCAUCCGGUACGAAUUGCUUUAAAAGCUGAAUCAUCUUCUCAAGGAAUGGCACUAAUUGAUGAUCUAGUAGUCACGGGUGACAUAUGCCCAUCAGUAAUACGCCACCACGGCGUGCGUUUAUUUGGUUCUGGAUUAGCUCAAAUACCCGAUCCAAAUGUUUGCCGACUUCUUUCUUGUCAAACAUGCUUAUACAGUUCCGGUCGAGUUGCUUUAUCUCAAAGUAACUUUAAAGCACGAAAUGGUGCUGUUACCGCAUUUUUAUUUAAAAAAGGCAAAGUAGCAGUACUCGAAUCACCAAUUUUUCGUCUAAAUACUGCUGCGAGAAUUCAUUUUUUGUAUCGCAAUGAAGCGAAUGCAUCGUCGGUAUUUGUAUGUCAUGAUAGCAUCAAUCGAGAAUUAGAUAGCUGUUUCAAAGUUGGAGGUGAUAGUGUAGGACAGGACUGGCAUCAUGAUUUUAUGGAAGUACUACCCAGUGAUACAAAGUUUUAUAUGGUUGCAAAAUUAAUUGAUAGUUCUGGAAGUGCCCGUGUUUCUAUUACAAAUAUAACUGUUACAGAUGUUGACAAUAAUCUUGCUUGUUCACUAUAA